AUCUUCUUUCUCAACCACCGUCUUCCAUCUUUGCCUCGCUUUUCUCUCCAUCUCCCAUCCUGUAGCCCCCCCUUCCCCAGCUAUUUCCUCCCACUUCCACCCCCGGCAUCACCGAUCUCGCUUCACAGUGUCACGCUCGGCCUCGACCGCGACCGCCGACCGCGCUGAGCAAAGCGAUCUGUAAAGUACAAGCAAACCUAGCGACCCGUCUCGCCCUCCCAUCGCCACACCUUUCAUCUCGUCCCCUUCAAAGCCCUUCAGCUCCCCAUUCACCCCCCGCCGUGCUGGCCCGGUCAGCUUCCCUACUCUAAGAUCAUCCCAUCAUCUCCGUUCCACAAAGAACGCACUCAGGAAGUCACCCUGACUCGCAGACACGAGGCUGACCCAAGCACGCUUCACAUCCUGCCAUAAUGUCGCAACCCAGUUACGUACCCCGCUCUCGGCCUGCUAGUUCUUCUCCUGCCGUGCCGCAGACCAGAUCUCCAGCCUACGUCCCCCGGUCUGCCUCUGCCUCCAGAGCAGAGAGCGCCGUCACACCAAAAUUGCCGUCACAGCCAUUGGAACGCAAAUCGAGCAGUCUGCGGAACGAGAUGCGGCCAGGGAGACUGAGCGUAGAGGCUCAGGAGAGCGCAAAGUCAAUCUUAAAGCUGCUAUCGUCCCUGCCCGCACCCCUGCCUGAAGAACUCCCACCGACAUUCCUCCCCAGCCCAUCCGCCUCGCCCGUAUCCUCUGCAGGCUCACCGCCACGCACAUUCUCAGAGUAUGUCCGCGCGAAACGCAAGCGCGCCCUCGAGUCUUCCGACUCUGAGCCCGAGCUUGCUGGUCAGGUGGCCCGGUCUGGAGCCGGUGUCGGCUUGGGCCUGAGUGUGUCCCCUGGUCAGGCAAAGAGGAGAAAGAUGGAUGAUGAAGGACAGAACGUGACACCGUUAGGGAGCCCGUUGUUGCCUUUCGCAAAGAAGGAGAGGGUGAAGAGUGGUCUGAGGAAUGAGGUUGAUGUGCACGAGAAGAGGGGAGGUGGGGAGGACGCGAGGAGGGAUCUUUGGAAGAGGGAAAAGUGGAUAGAGAUGAGCGCCUGGUAUCGCGAUCGGGCUCUACUGCUGAAACGGCACGGCGAUGCCUACUUCCGCUCCCCCACGGCUCACAGAGAAUAUACCUCUACUCUCCCAGCCGACCAUCUGAAGGGUCUUCUCUGCCUCACCGACUCCGCCCUCCUAUACAACUACUCGCACUUUUGCGAAGAAAAGGCCAAGGGCCGUCCAUCGCCCAGCACUUAUGAUUCCUCUGCCGGCUUGCGCAAGUUUGUCUGUUCCAAGUGGGAAGCAGAGAUGAGGAAGGAGUACAAGGGCGAGGAGGGUGUGCAUGAGAAGGAGAGAGCAAAGGCGAUGGCGGGGCUGAUGUACCUGCUUGAGGCGGUCAUUCAGUAUCAGACUGGGCGAGAUGCCCUUGCCAUGCUGCAACACCGAGGAAAGGAGUUGCAGACGACAUCGACUUCCCCGCGCGACAAGACUUCUCCUUCUGCGUCAAACACCACCGCGUCUCCUAAUCCGCCCCCACCCCAACCUGCCUUUGUCCAGGGCCCCUCUCCAGCUUCUUCUCACUCGCCAGCCCAUUCACCGUCUUCCUCCACCUCCUCCCUCCCACCCGAUCUCCUCCCGCUCAUCUUCUCCUCCUUCCGCCAAAACGUCGAGUCUUCCCAAUCCCUCCACCUCUCGCGGCACCAUCUUACCCUCCGUAUCCUCCGCUCCUCCUUCCCUACCACGUACCAAAACGCCAUCCACUCUGAACUAGCAGACCAUGCGCUGCCGGCGCCGGGGGAUGCGUUGGGAAGUGCGAGGUUUGUCGAUGUGGAUGAGACGGAUAGGUUCUGUUGGCCGAUCGAAAUCGGGAUGGUUAGCCCUGUGGCGCAUGUCGUCGCUUUUGGGCGAGGAAUGGUGCAGGAGAUGGCGGAGAGAGAAGGAAGGGAGUGGAGCAUCCUUCUCGAAUAGUACGAUCUCGCGAGAGACGAACCAGGCCAUUGCGGUCGUUGUAUCAAAACAGUCUUCUGUGGCUGUGUGUUUCAUAACUUUCUUUCACGAUUCCUCAUUUCCUGUUUCCCACCCCACCCUCAUGCCCUGUCACCCAGCACUCGUCCAUACGUCUUACUCAUUUCACGUCAAUAUUGUAAUUUCCAUAUUCCGUCUUUUCUUGUUGUCAUCUCAGUAAUUCAAUGAUGUUUUCUUUUCGUGUCUUCACGGUGUCCAAUUGGUCAUGAUAGAAGGGGCAAUCGAAGACGAAGGGGUUCUUUGAGUUGUUCGUACGAGGCGCACCUUACUGUUUGAAGAUGUUCUUGAUUUCGGAGAGUCAUGUUGAUAUGAAUCGCGCUUAGGGAUCCACAGAAUACAGAAUGGUGUCGCACUAUAUGUAUGCAAUUGCUAAGAGAUA